AUGUCUUCACAACUUCUCGUCCGUCAUGCUGUUCGUUCAGCGCGCCAAGCCAGGGCGUAUGACCGAGUCAGAUCAGAUUUCUCUGUAAAAUUGCAUAGAAAUGUGCGCGUGAUUUCAUCUUCAGUGACGCGCUCGGCGGCGGCUGCACCGAGACUGAAGCCGACACCGACCUCAGCGCCUCCCCCUCCAUCUUUCGAGUCUGUGCCACAGCGAGAGCAAUCAUGGUUGACCACGAAAGUCAAGGCGUCUCCAUUCCUUUUCUCAAUAUUUCUCUCUGCGGCGCGUAUUCUUGGCUAUGGCUCGCCGCAACAGUUUGCUAAUCGGCGCACUCUGCUCUUAUACAACACUCUAUGUGCUACGCGUGCCGAUGAAGCGUCUGCAUUUUGGAGAGAAGAAUACGCUCUUCCGCCAACUUUCCAAUCCUGGUUUGCGAUCACAAACCUGCACGUCUGGCUGCUCACUGUCCGACUCCGUGCUCUCCCUGCACCACACGGGAUACAGCAUGUGCAAGGGCUCAUUGACCAUUUCUUCCAGGACGUCGAGGAACGCUUGCGCGCUGUCCUUCAACCGGGCGUCCUACCUCCUCGUUCGUCAUCGCCAAAGCUAUUAGGCACUACCGAGGAUGGUUCACACUAUCCACACAGCUCUUUUUACACCACGCCCGCCGCCCUCGCGCCGAAAAGCACCUUUCUUUCGGAUAAAGCCUACCAAGAGGCCGUAAAACUUCAGAAACGCUCUCGUGCACCAGAAAAAUUGAUCACCAGGCAGAUGAAAAUUCUAAAAGAGCAAUGGGCCGGGAUGGGAAUGAGUUUGGACCUUGGCCUCGUAAGGGGCGAUGCCGAGAUGGCUGCGGCAGUCUGGAGAAAUUUGUUAGGUGCACGGGGUGCAAGUGGGAUUGCGUUGGACCACGAGGCCAACGGCAACAGUUAUCGGAGAGCGGUUAACCUAGUUGGUGGACUUGUCGAAGAUGUGAGAAAGGUGGACGUAGAUACAGAAGAGUUCAAGGACGAUAACAGCGGUGUGCAUGACUUUGCUCCUUCGGAAAAUGACCGGUAUAUCGGUUAUCCAGAGCUUAUGGUCACACUUGUCUCCUACAUCCGCCGUGAGAUUAUGAGACUGGAGCGUCUCGACGACAGUACCAUCAUGGGACCACGGCGUGUCGGGCGAGAGGGUGAAGGUGUCCAGAACUUGAGAUGGGGAGAAAUGGAAAACGCUAUACGGAGAUAGUAAGCCAGACAGCCUGAAGGUUAUCCGCGGCUGCGGUAUUCGGAGAAGUAUAUUAUAAUGCAUAUUUCAAUACUUUGUGGUUGGAUGAUAAUUUUUUUUGCUUCGAUCCGAAAUCUUAGCUCCCAUCUUUUGCCGUC